AUGCCACCAAGGUUGACGGCGCCUCUAGAAAGAGAAGCAGCUGCACGGUUGAGAGAGGGAGAGGACGGAGGAGAGGAUGGAGGAGACGAGGCACGUGGAGAUGGGGAUAGAGGAGAGAGUGGAGCAGACGCAGCGUGUGUUGAAGAAGCAGUGAAAGCAGAAGAGGUGGCGAAUGCAGCAGGAAGCGUGGGAGCGGAGAGGAGGAGGAGGAAUAAGCCGGAAGAAGGCGGGUCGAUGGUGGUGACUCUGAGACUGAGAGGCGGUCGACAGGAGAGACAAGGUGCUGUUGCUCCUAGGAUUCAGAUUCUGCAGCAGCAGCCGCUGCAGCAGCAGGAGUGGCAGCAGCAGCAGCAGCAGCGGCAGGAGCGGCAGGAGCGACAGGCGCAAUGUGGGUUGCAGGAGCAGACGCAGCAAACAGAGCCUGGUUCGUUGUCUGGGGUGGACGUGUCAGGGCUCCAGGCGAUAGGGGCGAAGCGGAAGCGGGAAGGGAGGCGGAAGGGCCGCGGGGAGGAGGCGCAUGGGGAAUUUGAGCGCAGGGUUGAGGGGAGUGUUGAGGUGACAGUUGAGGGGUCAUGUCCAAGUGAGGCAGAAGGUAUGCGUGGGGAAGGGGAGGGGAAAGAGGGAGGGGGCGUUUGUGCUGGUAUUGCUCCUGCUGCCCCUCCUGCUGCCCCUCCUGUUGCCCCUCCUGCUGCCAAGCCUGCUGCCGCUCUCCCGUCCACUCUCCCAGACCCCUCCCUCCUUGGGGAUUCGCCAGCAGCCGCGGCAAGGAGAAGGCAGCAGCAGAGACGGCAGCAGCAGCUUCAGGAGGAGCGGUAUACUGUACUUGAAGCAGACUGUAACGAGGAUGAGAAGCUUUCUAGAAGCGCUGACGUCGGGACUAGGGCGGCUGAGGUUGGUAGGGACGGGAAAGCAGGUGCAAACCUUGAUGUGGGAGUUGAGUUGGAUGAAGGCGGGGGUGAUAGUUCAUUUGAAGGGGAACAAAGGCAGCAGAGGCAGCAUAGGAAGCAACGGGAGCAUAGGAAGCAGAGGGAGCAGCGGGAGCAGAGGGAGAUGGUGAUUCAUGAAGAGCAAAUGGGGGAUCCUUGGGAGUUGGAAGCGGGUGAAGGGACGCUCUUACCUGCAGGCAAUAGGGAGAAGCAGGGGCAGGAAGAGAAGCCGAAGCAUGCUCGCAAAAGGGAGAAAGAGGAGGGGGGGGAGAAAAGGGAGAGGAAAGAAAAGGGGAGGAAAAGGCGAGUUAGUGAAGAAGAUGUGAUAGGGCGGAAGCGAGGAAGGGGCAUGGAGGAGGCGUCGAUUGUGGUGAGAGGGAGGGCUGGAGGGGCAGCAGGAGAAGGGGUGGAGGAGGGAAGGGAGGCAAGAGAUGCAGAAGAGGCGAAGGGGGAGGCGAGAAUGACCAGGAGCAGGGCUGCCAGAGCAGAUGUGAGCUCUGGUAAUGGAGCAGGGACAGGGGCUGGGGCUGCGGCAGGUGUUGGGAUUGGAGCUGAGGCAGGGGUAGGGGCAGGAGCAAGGGGAGAAGAAGGAGCAGGUUUAGGAUCAUGGGAUGGGGAAGCUGAAAAGCCCCAUCCUUCUCGUGGUUUCUUCUCCCCGCCUCAUUCGUCCUCUGUGAACUCGGGGGGUUCAAGUGUUUGGUUGCUUGGGGACGAGGGCGAGAAAGGAGGAAGAGAGACACCGGUUGGGGAGAUUUCAGGUGGGGAAACAGGAGAUGGUGGUAAAGUCGCAAGAGUUGGAUUAGGAGGUGCUGCAAAGUCUGUUGCUUGGAUGAGCCAACACAGGCCUUUUGAAGCUGUGCCGAGGAAUGGUGGAGUAGUAGCAGUGGAAGGGGACGAGUGUGAUACAGCUGCGCUGCUCGUUAUAGUCACGGUGGUGCUGUGUGUGAGCACGUGGUAUGCAGCGGGCAAGAUGUACAGCGACUCCCUCGAUGACAUCGCCACACAGCUGCGGCAAAAGUCUCUAGUGCGGGUGCACCAGCAGUUCCUGCUCUACAUCAACCGUGAUCGCGACGUGCUGCUGGCCUUCGCCUCCGUGGUGGAGAACCUGCUGGCGCAGACCAACACGUCUGUCGUGGGGCUACGUUAUGCGCAGAAGCAGAUCGCCCCUCUGGCGUGGUCAUUCUUCCAGUCGUCCCUGCCGCGCCUCACGCUGCUGGGCUACUUCUCCCACUUCGGCUGCCUUGUCUCCUACUCCCAGACCGACCCUGUCACCCAGUCCUUCUCAGCCACUCCUGGUGGCGCCGUGUCACAGGUCUACACAAAGAAUCUCACCGAUAUCACAGGCCAAUGGUACAUCCAGGCAGUUAACACCUCCACCGGAUCCGCCAUCCCCCAGUCUCCCCCUCGGAACUUCACGCCAGUGCCCAUCGGGUCCCCAACCGUCUACGACAGCGUUGCCAGCGGCCCCCCCGGCCUGCUGCUCUGGUCCUUCAAUGCCGUUCAGAACCUCUCUGGACCGCUCUUGCUCGCGUCUGUGGCCGUGAGGGGCGCGGAGCAGAGGAAAGCGAUUGGGCAGGAUGUUGGGGGGGAUGAGUGGUGGGAUGUGGGUGCGGGAGUGGGGGUGAAAGGGGUGGUGGGGAGUGCGGGGGGGAGUGGAGGAGGGAGUGGGAAAGGGAGGGGGUUGGGAGGGGCUGGAGGGACUACGAAGGUUGAUGCAACGGUUCAAGGAGGCACAGACAACAGCGUCAUGUACAUCUGCAGCAGCGACGGGUUUUUGGUUGCCACCUCCACCAACGCCGCCACCACCGCCAUGGCUACCCCGUCUGCAAAUCCAGCUGCUCCUGCUUCCAGUGGGAUGAGCGGAGGAGGUGGGAGCGGCAACCAGAGCGGGUCGGGGCAGCAGCAGCAGGGGGCAGGACCGCCGCCGCUGCCGCCGGGGUUUGAAGGGCCGGGGGCCGGGCAGGCGAUGCCAGUGCUGGUGAACGCGACGCAGGUGUUGGAUGCGGUGAUUGCCGAUACGGCGCGGUACCUGGAGGCGCGGUUUGGGCUGCCGGCGCUGGUGGCGGGGAACUACUCGGUGGGGGGCGUGAUGGUGAACGGGGAGGAGUGCUUCGUGAGCACCAUGGCCCUCAGCUUCGACAAUCUCAACAUGUACCUUGCGAUCAUCAUGCCGCGCGCCUCCAUCACAGCAUCGAUAGAGUCAAAGCAGCGCAUCAUGGUCAUUGUCACCACGGCAGUCGCGCUGUGCCUGCUGCUCAUCGGCUGGGCCGUGGUGAUCUUUCUCACGCUCUACGUGGACACGCGCAUGCGCCCCAAGGAGGAGCUGCAGCGCCAGAUGGAGGAGACCCAGCGAGCCCAGGCUGCCUCAGAGGUCAAGAGCCAGUUCCUGGCCAACAUCUCCCAUGACCUCAGGACCCCUAUGGCCGGCAUCCUGGGUCUACUGGACAUCAUGCUGUGCGACCACCUCUCGUCAGAGCAGGAGGCCAAUCUGCGCCAGAUGAAGUCCUGCUGUGCCUCCCUCCUUGGACUCCUUAACAACCUGCUCGACCUUGCCAAGGUGGAGGCGGGCAAGAUGCAGCUGGAGGUGUUGGAGUUUGACAUAGUGGGCGAGCUCGAGUCGCUGGUCGACAUGUUCAGCGUGCAGGGGCUCAGCAACGGCACCGAAAUCGCCCUCGAUCUCUCUGACGACAUUGAUCGGACGGUCAAGGGCGACCCGUCCAGGGUCAGACAGGUGUUUGCGAAUCUACUCAGCAACGCGUGCAAGUUCACCAAGAACGGCCAGGUGGUGGUGCGGGGGUGGGUGCGGGACAGGCCGCCCCCGCAGCUGGCAAAGCAGGACCUCUCCAUCCCGGGGGAGAAGGGCAACAGCAGGCGGCACAGCAGGUCCAAGAGCCGUGAUGUGGACAAUGCAGCAGCAGAGGCAGGGGGAGGAGUGGGUGGGGGAAUGGGCGGAGGGGCGGGGGUGGGAGGGGAGCAGGGCGGGGGCAAGGGGCGGCGCACAGUGGCGUUCAUGUUUGAGGUGGAUGACACGGGGCCGGGCAUUCCCGUGCACAAGCGAGAGUCCAUCUUUGAAAACUUCCAACAGGCUGAUGUUUCCACUGCCCGCACACACGGUGGCACAGGGCUCGGUCUGGGAAUCGUGAACCUGAUGGGGGGAUCAAUAGCCGUGGUGGACAAGGAUGGGCAGGGGGCCCGGUUCCGCUUCGACAUGCGGUUCGAAGCGGUGGAGGGCGGUGGAGGGUGGCACAACAGCAUGCUUCAGCCAGAGCUGCUGCUGCCCAAGCUGACUGCCGUGGAGGGCGGGCAGGUGCUUCUAGCAAUGAAGGACGACAGUGCCGCCGCGGCCAUAGCCACGGCCUGGAUGGAGCGGCGCAAGCUCAAGGUGCUGCUGGCAAUGAAGGAGGACAGCGCCGGGGAAGCCAUAGCCUCUGCCUGGAUGGAGCGGCGGAAGCUCGGUGUCCUUCUGGCAAUGAAGGAGGACAGUGCAGGGGCGGCCAUAGCCACAGCCUGGAUGGAGCGGCGCAAUCUCAAGGUGUGGCGAGCGCACACGUGGCAGGAGAUCAUGCCAGCUGUCGCGUCCAUACUGAUCCAGAAGUCUGCUGCCUCGCAGCCCCCCCGUGCCUCUCGCUCCCUCGUGGGCUUCUCUGCUCCGCUCAUGCGGAGUUUUACUGCUCUGAGAGGGGGCGGUGGGGAGAAAGGGGAGAAAGGCGAGAAGGGGGAGCGAGGGGAGAAAGGGGAGAGGGGGGAGAGGGGCGGGGAGAGAGGGGGGAUUGCUGCUGCGGGUGGAGCGGCGCAGCUGGGGCAGGUGGUAUCUGAAUCAGGCGCACCUGGGCAGGGGCAGAGAGAGGUUUGGAACCGGCUUCCCUCGCCGUCCCAUCCUCUGGGCAACGGGCGCAUUCUGAGCAGCCCCGGGCGCUGCUUCGGCAGCCCUGCUGCUGCAAGCACUUGCGGCGACAGCGAGGAGGGGGAGGUUGGGGACGGGGGAGCGGGGGAGGGGGCGGAAGGGGGGAAAGGAGGAGGGGGGUUGGCGGGAGGGAGGGCGAUGGGGAUGGUGAAGAGCCUUGGCAGCAGCAGCAGCAGGUUACUGGGGCGUGGUCUGAGUACCAAGUCCCGACGGUCCCUGGAGAAGCAGGGUAGCAGCCGUGGCUUGGACCAGGAUCCCUCCUUUUCCAGCCACGGCUCUGCCUCUACCACCACCACCCCUCCCGCUUCUGCUGAUGCUGCUGCCGCUGGUGCUGCUGCUGGUGCUGCUGCUGGUGCGCUAGGCACGCCCCCCAAUGGUCUCGCAUCGCUGUCCUUUGAUGGGACGAUGGGCAGGGAGCAGCAGGGCCUGUUGAGUGGGCCGUUAGCUCAUGGGAGCAUCGGCUCCCGGUCGCUCGGAGCAGGGUUGCUUGGAGGGCGAGGGGGACCGGGGGGCGUGGGGUCGGACAAAGACGGCUCGAUUGCUGCUGCUGCCGCCGCCGCUGUUGCUGCCGUUGAAUCAGAAGGUGCUGGCACUGGUGGCGCUGGUGCUGGUGGUGUUGCUGCUGGUGCUGCUGCUCCCGCUGCUGCUGCUGGUGCUGCUGCUCCCGCUGCUGCUGCUGCUGCUGCUGCUGCUCCCGCUGCUGCCACAGCUUCCCGUGGAUCCUUCCUCUCUGCCGCAUCCCCUUCCCGGGUCGUCCCGGCAUCCCCAUCCCGGCUCAUCCCCGCCUCCCCUCCCUCAGCAGCAGCCCAAGCAUCCUCCUCCUCCUCUGCCUCCUCCUCAGCAGCCCGGCCGGCGUCGAAGCUGAUGCUGGCGGUGAUAGACGUGUCCAUCGUGCCGAGCGUGCAUCAAUUUAUUGCCGAGGAGCUUCAUAUAUUUCGGGCACGGCUGCAGCACCAGGGCUUCGUGAUCGCCUGGCUGGUGGAGCACAACACGUCCGCUGAUACUAGGCGCGUACUCAGAAGGUCGGGGUGUGCAGUGGCGUCCAAGCCCCUCUAUGCGUCGCGCAUGGCCCCUCUCCUCGCCCUGGCAACGGCCAGGAACAGUGUUCCGCACUCGAGCUCGCAAAUUGACAUGCCGCGCACGUUUGGAGGGAGGGGCGGGCGAGGGGCAGAUGGGGGAGGCGAAGGGGGUGGUUCACAGUGGCACCAUGGCGAGGGGAACGAGCAGGCAUGGGGCCUGCCAGCGCCAGCAGAGGAGGACGAAUCCGCCGACUCACCAGCAGCCUCGUCCACCGCUCUGCGCAACACGGCUGCCGUCUCCGUCCCCUUCUCCCCCUGCCCUCGCCCCUCCGCCUCCAACCCCACUACCGCCACCGCUGCUGGUUCUGCCGCAGCUGGUUCUGCCGCUGCUGGCGCUGCUGCUGGUGCUGCUGGGGGAGCGGCUAUGUCUGGUUACCCCCCUCCCUCUGGCCGGGGACCCCCCAUUCCCUCCCCACACGCCGCUGCUGUUGCCUCCCCUCACGGCCUACCUUCUGGCCGGCCCCCGAUUCCCUCGGCGGCAAGUGCGGAAGGCCCCUGCCCGGCCCUAAGUGACGGUGCUGCUGCUGCUGGCGGUGCUGGUGCUGGCUCUCCUGCCCAGGGAGGAGCAGCAGGGGCAGCAGGGGGGGUGUUGGAGUCGUCUCCUGGGUCGCGGUCAGGCAGGAUGCGGCCGGUCAACAGCGGGCUCAAGAAAGGGGCGUCCUUCUCAGAGGGUUCGUUUGACAACGCGCUGGCAGGCAAGCGUGUGCUGAUUGCUGAAGACACGGCUCUGCUGAGGAAGGUUGCCAUAAUUCGAAUGCAGAAGCUGGGCUGUGAGGUGGAGGCGGUGUGUGACGGGCAGCAAGCAGUGGAUGCGGUGUUGGCCACCUACGCCAGCAACACGGGGCGGUUCGAUGCGGUGCUCAUGGAUUGCCAGAUGCCGGUGCUGGACGGGUACGGGGCCACAGCAGCCAUCAGAGCAGGGGAGGCGGGGACGCCUUUCCACACGCCCAUAGUGGCCCUCACAGCCCACGCCAUGACCAGCGACCACCGCAAAUGCCUUGACGCAGGCAUGGAUGCUUACCUCACGAAGCCUAUUGAUCCUGCUCUCAUGUCCCGCACACUCCUAGGCCUCAUGGCAAAGCACCCUGUCGCUGCUGCUGCUCCUCCUCGUCCUGCUACUGCUGACUCCUGA